CCUGGGCACCUCCGACCCUGCAGUGACGUCAUCACGAGCUAGGGAAGAUGGCGGCGGUGGAACAGCGCCUUCCCCACGGGCUCCUUCCCCCGCCCCUCGGGAAGUCCAGCCUCUCCCUUACCCUCCACCUCGCACGCAGGGGAAGGUUCCAGGCUGUUGAGAUCUCAGGAGGAAAGCUGUCCUCAAAUAAGGAUGAGAAGAGCGAAGAAUUAUCCGCUCUGAUGCAGCGAUUACGAACGAAGAGCGCCCAGAUCAAGUCAUGGUCCGACACCAGCAAACUGGUCAGGAGCGCCAUGGUCUGGACCACCAGCUUAAACGACAAGAGGGCAGUAGACAACAUGGAUCACUCCCGCCUGAGAAAGUGUAUCAACGCCCUACAGAAGGCUCUAAAAGUCACAACCCUGCCAUCCAUGGUGGAAAGGCUGGACUCUGUUGCAAGACAAGUUGGCUUGAACUUCAAGGUUAGCUCCAGCGGCCAUGAAUGUUGCAUCAGUUCGGAACUGUUUUACGUGGAGAUCCGACUGGACACGAGCGGCGGCGUGCAGGACGUCAGGGUCGCCCACCACGGCUCCGAGUCGCAGGGCUGUCUGGAGAUGCUGAGAGUUCUCAGGAAUGGAGACUUUAAGGAGUUUGUCGGCCACCUAAAGGGACUGCUGAACAUCUACAGAAUACCUGGUGACAGUAAAAUAAAGAUGAGAACAUACCAGACACUGUUGUGCAUGGAGAGUGAUCUGACCAAGAUGGCCGACGCCUACAAUGAAGCAUUCCAUGAGGAGGGUGUAGGGGAGACAGACAGCAGGAUGUCAGGAGGAAGGGGUGACCCUAUGACCCAGAUACAAAAGGGCAUUGUGGGAUAUGUCAUCCCAAGACAAGGAGGUCACCCCAUGCAGCUGAAGUGCUUUAUUUCUCCCUACGACAUGUUGAACGUUGAGAGAGAGAAGAGUGAAACUAUUCACGACAAUGUUCCACGUGAUGUUGGUCAGUCGGUGAAUGUUGUUCUGGAGGGCUCGACUUCACACAAGCUGCAGACACAGCCGCUGUUCGCAGGGAUCAACCCACCCCAACAUGACAGCAAGGGGAGUCCAGCCUUUGCAGGAAUCAACAACAACAACAUGAUGCUGUUGCCAGCUUGUUUCUCCCUGGUGCCCCCCUCCCCCAUACCGCUGUCCAUCUCAACCAUCAAGAGGAUCCACUCUGCUACAGGCAUCUUGUGUGGUGAUGAGGGCAAGGCAGUUCCCAUGAACCGACUGGUGACACAGAACGUCAUGGAAGCCAAGGGGAUCGCUGACAUGGACAAUAACAACGGACGCAAUAAACUCUUUCACGUGACCCUGCCGGAUCAACACCAUUCUUACUACAUUAACGACGCCCCCGAUCUGAAGGGGGUUCUGGUGAGUAAGAUCCCCUUCACCCACCCCGCCUGUGUGCCCAGAGUUCUGGAGGCCCUCCGACAACAAACUGUCUACAACACUCUCAUCACCAGCUGUGUCAGGAAGGGCUGUGAGGAAGCCAAGGAGAAUGCCCAGCUGUUUGAAGUGAACACGACAUCACCCACAGGAAUCUCUGUCACAUUCGAGCACCCCGUUCAGGAGAGCAUGGCCUGCUUGGAAAUUGACCUCGCUGACCCCAACCACGUGAAGUGCAAAGUUCACAUCCCAGCAGGAGAUGCCCCUGUCUGCACAGAUGAGUACGCCACCAUGGUCAUGAACAGAUGCUUGUCCAUACCUGUCCUGAUGCGUGCCAUCGCCCGCCAUGCUGUGGCUCAUCACAAGGAGAUGCAGCGUCAAAUCACCACGACAUCCGCCGGCAUCCUGUCCUCGCUAUCCAAGGCAACUGAAGGGAUCGUCAUGUCUCACGGCUUCUCUGAGUUUGCAGCGGUUACGUCUUCUGGACUGAAAAUAGCAGCAGUCAAAGAUGGCAAUGAGCAAAAGUUGUCCAAUGCUAAUCUGAAUCUUCUGGGGGUGACUUCUCCUGGUGGGGGUGGAAAAGCGGGUGGAACGUUACUGAUGCAUCUAAAUGGUGUAGACCCUUCUCAAGGCAAUGAUUUUGCCGGAGCGGCUGUGCAGUACAGGCAGGCCUCCGUCUCUCCUUUCACCCUGGCGUCUACGACAACGGGAAGAGGCGCGCAGGCUGAAUUACAGUUCACCGAUACAGAUGCCACCAAAGUGUCGGAAAACCCCAUGUUGGCCAGCUUGCUCAAAGGAAGCAUUCAAGGGCCCCCUCACUCUAAGAACCAUCCGAUGUUGAUGAACUUGUUGAAGGAGCCGGUGGGGGUACCCCCCCAACCGGGGCAGAUGUCACCCCGCGGGACUGAACCCCCGCCUCCCACCAAACAACGCAAGAGGAAACGGAAGUCCAUGACGGACAAUAGGUCACCAAAACGACAGCAGAGUGAGGAGGAAUUCACUAAGGAGCUGAACGCCAUGGACUUUGAUAGCAACAUUCCAUACGACGCCACCCUACAAGCUGACCACCUCACCCCCACCACUCCCCAUCCUUCCACGCCAACUGUGCAGUCCCCAGCCAGGGCCUUCCCACCUCCGCUCCCACAUUCCAUGCAGCUCAAGCCUUCUCUCGAUCCUUCGGGGAGGGGGGAGGCAGUGAAAGACUUCACCCAAGACUCGGAAGUCACCGCGAUGCUGAAUGACAUUGCUGAGCAGAGUGAGCAGCUGAAAAGGCAGGGUAGUCGAGACGGCGCAAACCCCCGUCUAGGCCCGGAAAACUUGCCACCUCUGGACUCGACAGGCUUUAUAAGAACAGACGGCUCAAUGGAGGACCUCACAGCUGCAGGUGCUGUUGCUCAAGGGGGUGACCUCCAGCCCUCAUUUGACCCUGCUGAUUUCGUAGCUGGGGAUUCAACACCUGGAACCGAUCAUCUCGACACUGACUAUACCUUUCCCACAGAACCCAUUGAGUUCAACACAGAGGUGUUAAACACUACGGAUACCAGCUUUGUGGACAGUCUCAUUGAGGAAAGCUCAGAAGGAAAUGUGUCCAUGGACGUUGAGAGCUGUGACGCCAAUGCAUUUGGACUUGCACUGAAUCCAUCCUCUGUUGCCUCCAAAAUCUCCACCUCUGGUACAGACGUUUCGGGAAAGUCACAGGCAGCAGCGGAGGUUGGUACUGAAGCGAUGGGAAGUGUGAACUCCAACGUAGGAUCCGCACUUUCUGCCAGUUCUUUUGACCAGGGUCCUUACUCCGGGAGCGACCUGCAAGGACUCGACUUGUCCAUGACGGCAGCAUCCACCCCAGAGGUCCUAGACCUCUCCACAGGCCACCACACCCCAUUGGACCAGCAGACCGAGCCCACAGACCUUUCCACCAGUCAGAAGUCUUCUUCCUCCACAUCCCUGCAACAACUUGAGCCAACAGAUCUAUCCACCAGUCUUAAACUGUCAUCAGCGAACCCUCCAUCAUCAACAGCUGCAAGCGCAGCAUCCGUUCCCAGCUCCUCUGCCACAACAUCUUCUGCCAGCAUUACCCAGCAGUCUACAGGGAGCCUGAAGAUCACGGUGAGUUUAGGGAACAACACAGCCAGCAUUAAGAGCGGAAAGUCAGACAGUGAAGGCAGUCGCAGUGACGGCUCCACCAAAGUGACUAAGAGAAGAAGCUCAAGCAGAAGCUCUGCAGAGGGCAGCAAUGGAGCUGAGAGUAGCGGCAAGAGAAGUCGGGCAGGGGACAAGAAGGACAAAGGGAGCAAAAGGAGAAGAUCAGAGGCAGGGGUGUCCCCCCCUCGAGCAGCUGGUGUCGGUCCCAACGGUUCCCGCACUCCUCCAGUUUCCAAAACCUUUACUCCCCCAUACAGUACUUCUCCGGCAAGGUCCUACACUCCCCCUGCCAGCCUGCCCGGUGCCUCCUCUCAGCUCCCCAUGACGACACAGACUGCGAGGUCCCACACACCUCCAGCCAGCAUGCAGAGCUCCCGAUCAGGCUCAGGGGGGAAGCCAGCUGCCAUGCUGUCCCUGCAGGCGAAGACUGUUGGAGCUAUUGGCAAGUCAGGGAGCCUGGGUGGAGGUAAACCCUUGUCUGGGACAGGGAGUGCAAGUCCAAUGAGAACAAAAGCUCUGUCGAAAUCUCUCUCCGAAGGCAGCAGCAAAGGUGGACAGUCCCCACGAUCUAAGUCUCAGUUGUCGGGGUCAGGAAGCAAGUCAUCCUCGAGCAAGGACAAACCCUCCAGGAUUAUGAUCACCAUCAGUAGGCAUCCCUCAGCCUCAUCUUCCUACACAGCCACCUUGAGAAAUGCUAAGACCGAAAGUGUCAGCAAAUCCAGUUCCAGCAAGAGCGCCUCUUCUAAAGGAGGUGAUCAGGUUAGAGCGUCCACCCCGACUACGUCAGGCCCCAAACCUGCUUCGUCAUCGCCCAAAGUAUCCACCCCGACUCCCAAACCUGUGACAUCCGGACCAAAAACUAUAUCUCCGGUGCCCAAACCUGUAUCUGGCACGCCCAAAACGGUAACACCCAGUUCCAAAACGUCGUCAUCAGGCCUUAAAGUUGCAUCUUCCAACCCCAAAGUUGCUGGCCCCACUUCUAAACCUUUAGCAUCAGUUUCUAAGUCUGUAACUCAGUCUGCGUCACCAAGCCUCAAGACAUCAACUUCUGCACCCAAAACUGUGACAUCUGGAUCAAAACCGCUUGUGUCAGGGCCAAAAGUAGCUAGCACAGGCUCUAAAACCACAUCAUCGGGUCUCAAACAGCCUUCAGCUAGUGCCAAAAGUACAACAUCAGGGCCAAAACUGGUGAGCAGUCAGUCGAGCAAAUCACAUCCUGCCACAUCGUCCUCUGCAACUGUCUCUUCCAAGGUUGCUGUAUCUUCCACUUCUAAAGUAUCGACUUCCUCAAAAUCCUCCAGCUCUUUGUCCUCGGCAAGCAGCAAGGCCGCCUCUGCAGGACUUGUCACCGCCUCUGCAAACACCUCUGCCUCCACAAAAACAAGCACUGCGCAGAAGGAAUCCAGCUCAAAGCAAAGUUCAAGCUCAAGCAAGGCCAAGACCAGCACUGCAUUGCCUAAACUGGCCCAGGAGACGUCCCACACCACCACCCGACCUGCUCCUCUUGUCAUCUCCACUGCCCCGGCCACUUCUCCAACAGUCAAGUCGACUGUGUCUCCACGUGCGACUCUGUCCUCCCCACCUCUCUCCCGAUCCAACUCCAAGUCUCCCAUCCGUUCCCGAAAGGGUUCUCUGUCUGCCGUGAUAGACAAGCUAAAGAACACCGCCAGCAGCGUGCACGUUAGCAGCAUCUCCAACAACGAUAGCGUCGUUCUGGUCACAGCUCACGUUAGUCCCACCUCGCAGGCUAGCACAGCUGAAAGUCCGCAAGUCAGCACUGUGUCGUACGGCCACACGUCAAAUGGCAUCCCUGAGCUGCCUGCCAUUAAGGCUGAUGUCAAGACCACAAAGGAUGCAGUCAAGUCCAAGUCUUCCAAUGUGGUGACUCGAACACUUGAGCGAAAGAAGAGAGAAAUCUGUCUCACCUACAACGACCCAACAAGACGAGUCCUCUGAGACACCGCCUCCCCUUCUCAAACCUCAGGAAAUUGACCCCCAAACGUCCUUGAGUACAUCAGACACGACAAGCAGGAGUACUGCAGAAGAUGCGUCCAUCGUAACUGAAAUUUCAGCUGAAGACUCCAGCAGCCGUCCAACGUCUGCAGACAGUAAGACUGCAGAGCGACCACGAUCAAGAGGCGAGGAGAAAACUGCGUCCUCAGUUCAGAACUCGAAUGGUACCACAGAGGAAAGAAGUGGCAAAAAGAGGUCAUCUGCAACAGCGGAUGAACGUUCUGGCAACCUGAAUCGAUCGAAAUCGAAACCCCAGGCGGAGCCGGAUUGUUCAGCCCCUGCUGCUGCCGCGAUGCCGGCCUUGACGGUGGGUACGCAGCUGGACACAAGUGCCCUCUCCUCAUUGGUCAGCUACGGUGACGAGAGCAGCUCUUCCCCCCUGGAGACCAGCCCCAGCCAGGCACAGGACCCGGAACCGCCCGUCCUGGAGCCCUACGGGAAGGCUGACAGUCCCGGACAAGAUGAUCUGCACUCCCUCAGUCCUGAUGGUAACCUUGUCAUUGACGUGCCUGGUGCCGCCAACGCACACACCAGCGCCCCCCUCCCCCCUGCAACUCAUUCCCCAGACCACGACCAUUCCAUGGACCCAGAAGUGGACUCUCAAGCAGAGAACACGUCCCCUCUGUCAGACCCCGACCAGUCCCAUCUGCUUUAUGAAGGUACUUCUGACCAGUCACAACCGGAUGCCAGCCCAUGUGACAUUGAUGAUGAUCUCAUGGAUGAAGCCCUGAUUGGUGGAAUGGAUUCGUAACAGACCAAUCAGAUUGAACCUGUGAUGCUGAGUUCUGUUACAUAACCCAAAGUUCUCAUUGUUGGAAUGCAGUUGAAAUAGCCAAUCAGGUUAGAUCUCUGAUAUUCAGAAGGACACAGGGUGCAUUUUUUUUUACAUUUCUCAUGUAAAAGUCAAUGACAACAGCUCUAUCAUAUUUCAUUUUCUAGUAGUCCAGGUAGAAUUUGUAAAUGUAUAAUGUCACUGGGAUUCCUGUGGCAACAAUUCUUCCUGUCAUUCAGUCAAAAACGAAUAGCUCUGUUAAAAACAGUUUGGUAUGUCAGAUGCAACUAUGUACUUGUAAAAGUAUCAUUUGUAGCAAUGAAGUAAGAUUAGCUGUCGAAUGAGACAGUAUUGACAAGAUGCAUUUUAGAUAAGAAGUUUCAUUCCCAACGUGCAAAGAAAACAGAUACAAAUUGUGUUCUUCUGUCAUGUAAAUGGUAAUCUUCAGAUGUCAGAAUAGGUUUAUUAUGUCUGUUGAGGUGUGGAUGGUACCACCACACAAUCAUGGUUGGCAAUCAAGCCACAAAUUUUAAUGAAAAGUAUUGAAAAUAUGAAAUUUGGCACUUCGUUACUACACUUGGAUGUUUUUUUAGACCAUGACGGUUUCCUUUUUAAGCAUAGUUUAUAGAAGUGAGCAUAUUUAUUAGUUUGUAAACUACAGCAAUAUGCCUAGGACUACAGCACAGCUGUGUUUGUAUUAUUUAUGUGAUAUGUACCAUUGAUUAGGACUCUGAAUCUUCUCUGGGCACAGAAAACUGCCCAGUUUAGGACUUUCCGUCUCCCAGUGUUGUACGAAGUUUGUAUUUCCCAAUACUGUGAUAUGAGGAAGUUUGGUAAGUAUUUGACGUUGGCAAAUUUGGUGGUUUUACUGAGUAUAACUGAACAUCAGUCAAUACAAUUAUAGAAUUUGACUUGUCUGAAAAAUGGUUAUUCUGACAGAUAAAACCCUCCCAAAUUGCUUGCCUUACAUAACCUGAAAAAUACAGCACCACCAAACUAAAACAUCUUACAGUAUUGUAUUAUAGAAUUGUGAUGACGUUAGACGACUUACUGUAAGAACAGCAAGUAUGAUUCUUGGACUUGAUUGUAUUUUUGAUUAUUAGACAAAAGUAUUCUUUGUUAAGCCGAACCUAUGAACUGAAUGACCCCCUAUAGUUCCCAACUGUAGAUGCACUCUGCAGUUAGCAUUGACAAGUACAUUGCUCAUUGAAAUUGUGCGGAAAAGGCAGGUGCUUCAAAUGUUGUAUUUUGGGGCUAGUCUUUGAAAUGAAUUCCCAAAAUAUAGAUUUUAACUAUUUGAUUGGUUGAAUCCUCCCAAUUCUAAUUUUUUUCAGAUGGAUCAAAAGCAUGGAAAUUUUUCAGACCGCAGUAAUGAAAUUAUCACAUGUUCAUGCUCAUGAAUUAUGGAAAGCGUAUAUUGUUUUUAUCAGAAAAAAGUGCGAUAAAAAGCAUGGAAAUUUUCAGACUAAUAAGUGUGGUAAAAUUGCAGUAGACACCACUAUUCAUGUACAUGUAGUAAGGCAAAGGUAGAUAUGCAGAUAUUUUGAUGUGCCCAAGAAAUGAUGUCCAACCAAGUAUAAAACAGCUCUGUUUUAUUGGGAAUAUAAAAGUUCCCCCUGCAAUUAUUAAUGCAUGUAUUGAAAUAGCUGUAUAAUAAACAUAGCAUCAUAUUCAGGUCAAAUUAUCCAAGAGUAUCAAAAACACAGUCAAAUUUUUGAAGUGUAUGUAAAUUGUAUCUUUUUAUUACUCUCUCAUUUAGCUUCAUGUUUUAAUCCUAACAUGAACUCAUUUGUCAACUUUUUUAUAAAAUGAAAGUAUCUAAUUGUAGUUGGCAUACUUCUUAAUUCUAUAGGCUUUUUUGGUACUACUAGCCAGUGGCCAACAUAUGUAAUACUUAGAUUAUGCUAGUGUUUUUAUAAGAUUUAGAACUUUUGCCAAAGGAGCUGUAUAGAAAGAAAUCGUAGUGGAAAAUUUUGUUACAUGUUGCAAGUUCUAUUUAUGCUCUUAACAGUUUUAACAGUUACUCAAGAAUCAAGAUUUGUCUUGUGACAUAAUCUUCACCUUAAGGACCCAAGUGUCUUAUACUAGUAAGACUGUAUGGUAAGACUCUACCACUGUAUCUUGAGGGAACAAGGAUAGAUUUUUUACACACAUACUUAAGUGUUGGUAUAUCGCCCUUAUUAUAGUCCAGAUUCCUUGUUGUAUAGGCCAAUGUACGAUGUGCACAUUAUAUUUACGCUCUGUAUAUAAUCACAUGUUAGUAUGACCUUUUCUUUGGGGUCAUGAAUAAAGUACCAACCGUUUUGUAUGCAAA